AACCGGAGGCAUUGAAUUCACUCUUUUUAAACUCCCAAUCCCACGUACUUUGGCAUACUCUUCCAAAACCAAAACACACACAAUUUUUUUUUUCAGUUAAAACAAAUCAAUCACUAUAUAUUACCACUUACAACUCAUAUAGUUCUUUUAACUCAAAAAAGAAAAAACAAAAAUGGUGACUGGGAGGAAAACGUCGUCGUUGGAGACAGAGAUGGCGGAUGCGAAGGUGGUGGUAGUGAUGGAGGAAAAUGGGGCUCACACUCAGCGGGCCGUAGAGGCGGUGGGGGCAGCUGAUCAUUCUCACCGGAAAGUUACAGUGUUGGUCCGGAAAGCUGACGUGGCACAGGCAAUACUGAGGGUGUUGAGCGUGGCAACGUCGGUGAUAGCGUUGUUGUUCAUGGUUACAGCCAAAGAGGCCAGCACUGUUUUUGUCUAUGGCUUUCCUCUCCCAGUUUUUUCCAAGUGGUCUUUCUCUGAUUCAUUCGUGUACCUGGUAGGGGUAUCAGCUGCAGUUGCAGCUCACUCAUUGCUGCAGUUAAUCUUAAGUGCAUUGAGAUUGCUCAGAAAGUCAUCCGUUGUUCCCACAAGAAAUCAUGCAUGGCUCAUUUUUGCUUGUGAUCAGGUGUUUGCAUAUGCAAUGAUAAGCGCAGGGUCAGCAGCAUCAGGGGUCAGUAACCUGAACCGCACAGGAAUCAAACACACAGCCUUACCAGAUUUCUGUAAACCUUUGCGUUUUUUCUGCGACCAUGUGGCCAUCUCCAUAGCUUUCGCUUUCUUUACUUGCUUCUUGCUCGCCAUUUCUGCUAUUCAAGAUGUUAUAUGCCUUGCCAACAACUGAUCAUCAUAACAAAUAAAUUACAUUUGCUUCUAAAAGAGAAAACAUAUUUAUUAAUGACGAUGAUGAUUGUUUAUCUGAUCGAUCAAUAGAAAGCAUGUUCCACAUACAUCGUUUUAGUUAUUAAUUUCAAAUUAAUGGUUAAAUGUAUGCAUCUUUGACGUCUAUAUUUCCCUUUUGUAGAGAUGGAAUGAACAUUAGUUAAUUGCUUGA